UUUUUUCUUACCUAACACAAAGCUAUGGGAUCACAAACAAUGGUAACUUGUUAUCCCGAAAGAAUAAACAAAAUCGCACGUCGCACAACUUGAGGUAACUUUGUGAAAGUUCAACUCUUUGUUCUAUACCAAUCUACACAAGCUUACGUAUCCGGUAAGUAUAUAUCUACUCUUAAAUGCUAGUAAAGACAUAUACAAGUAUAAAUAAUGAAUAACAGACAGAAUAUAUCCAUCUUAAUCUUACGAUAACAACAACUGAUACCCUUGAGGAUUUACCUAGGUACCUACAACGUACCAAAAGGUGUCAUACUAUAUCUAUGCUGCCUUUCUCUCGUCGCUCGUAGUUUCUUCACUCCACGAAAAUAUUCAAAUUUUUAAAUUAUUAAAUAUCUGUUUUUAGUUAUUAAACAGAUGUAAUUUAUAUAUUAUUGACAAUAUUUGUUUGCUUAUGUUCUUUAUUAUAUUUUUCCUUUUUCCGUUUAGUCAUAACCAUAGACCAAAACAUUUUCAUCUUAUCCUACAUGUGUUAAAGCAAUUGUACUAAGUAGCUACUUGUCGAAAUUACGAAAUAAACUUCCUAAGUUUCGGUCUCGGGAAUCCCACAAACAAGCGCAAAGUUUCGCAACUCAGCAGAUGUGGACGAGACGUGAUUAAUCACUUUGGUAACACAUUUAACGAUUUCAUACAUAAGCAUUAUUAGGUCAUACAUUUUAGGCCCGCGGUUUCGUCUACUAUAUUCGUUGGUAUAUAAAAUAAACAUAAAUAAUAAUAAUGUGAUAGUUCAGGAUUGAUUAAAACUUUUUCAAUAAUAAACUCGUGCUAUAAUAAACAAAUACUAAAUUAACUAAAAGUACUCACUUAAGUUAGUAAAAAGUAGGCCUAAAUACUAUGAUAUCAAUUAGAAGCACAAAGUUUUAUCUGUACCUACAUCUGUAUACAAAUAGGUAUAAGCUACUUUUAAUAUUUGAACUACCCGUAAUAAAAUAUAUUACAAACAAAACAAAUACAUAAUAUAAAUUUAUAAAACCAGCCCCAAAGAGAUCUACUGAGGAGUGAUGCUGUCAUGACCUUGAAGUUUACUACCCCAUAUUACAUACAAUCAAUAGUGGAAACCUGACCUAUACCAAAAAAAUUAAGUAUUAAUUUAUAUUUUUGAGUAACUGUUUGACGCAGUGGACACCGAUAACAGGCCAAAAAUAAUCCGUGAAAUAGCGCAUUUGCUUCCAACCACGUUGGAUAAAGGAAUGAAUUAACAAGCUCUGUUAAAUGUUGAUUCACCACGCCAUCGACAAUUGACAAUUCUUCUUACUAGGGUAGUAUCUAGGGUAGUAUGGUAUAUUUAUUUUUAAAUAUCUAAAGCCUAUAAUUUACUAUUAGAACAAUAAUCCUUUCUAAUUUUGAGUACAAUAUAGUCAACAUUAUAGAAUGUGGAAAUAAAAUAAUUUGAACGUUUGGAAUUGACAACACAAUAAUGUAAAUAAAUGUUGUUUAUUAUUCAGUAUGAAGGACUUGUAUCCAUGCCCAUAAAUAAAUUAGUAAAAGAAACGAUGACAGCAGCCACUAACGUCAGUUUACUCUUCAUAUACGUCAGUGAUUCAGUUCUCAUUAGAACGUGAAAUGAAUCUAAUUGUAAUCUUGAAAUGUAUUGCUUUUCAGUGUUUAUUUUCAGUAAUUACUAAUAUAAUUACAAAAACAAAAGGUCUCAUCCUCAAAAUUGUCAUGAGCGUUUCUAAGUCGUAUGAUAAUAAUCUUUUUAUAUAUAAAUUGAUAAUUUGAAGUUCAGCUCAAUUGUAAUAAUACCCUAGUUGUUCAUGAAAUUAUAUUUUUAGCCAUAAAAUGUUGUCUUGGGGUGCUAAUUCUCACGGCCAAUUAGCCCAAGGUAUAGUUUGCGAACAAGUUGAAAAUCCUACGAAGGUAACGACAGAUCCAUUUUAUGUUAAUAAAGUUAAACAAAUAUCUUGCGGUGGAGGCCACACAGUUCUGAUUGAUGAUGAGGGUAAAAUAUUUACUUGUGGAUGGAAUUACAAACAUCAAUGUGGAAGUAAUACAGAAACCCACAAUUUUGUACGAAUAUGGGAAUUGAGUGGUAUAACAUUCACAAACAUUGCAUGCGGCUGGGAUUUCAGUUGUGCUGUUACAGAUAGCAACUUCCUCUUUGUUUGGGGUUCUAACAAAAAUGGACAAUUAGGUUUGCCAAAAGACCAUUUCCCAGAUAUAAUGAAACCAUUUCGCUUACCAAUCAAUGCAUGUUCUGUGGCUAUGGGUCUAAGGCACACAGCUGUUGUUAACUCUAAAGGUGAAGUGUGGAUAACAGGAUGUGGAAGGCAUGGCCAACUAGGUUUGGGGAAUGACAGAUUAUCAACAGACAGAUUUGAACAAGUGCCAAGACUUGGGGCCAUAACACAUAUUGCAUGUGGGCAGAACUAUACUGUGACUUGGUGUUCAGAAGAAAAAGCCUUAUAUGUGUGGGGUGACAAUAAACAUGGACAGUUACUAUUGAGUAUUGAUAAGUAUAAAAAAAUCUUCACACCACAAAAAAUUGAUAUUGGUGUAAAACAAACAGUCAAAAAAUUACUAAGUGGAUGGACAAAUGUUUUGUUAUGGCUUGACAAUGGAACACUGUGUACUUGGGGAAGAAAUAACUAUGGACAAUUAGGGACAGAAGAUUCUUUUGUAGGAAAAAUAAUUUAUGUCAAAUUACCAGAUGAUAGACAAGUGAUAGAUGUUGCUCUUGGCUCUGAGCAUACUAUAUGUUUAGCUACUGACAACACUCUAUGGGCUUGGGGUUGGAAUGAACAUGCCAAUACAGGAACUAAGACAAAAAGCAAUGUAUUCAUACCAACUAUGGUACCCAUAGAUACAACCAAUAACAGAAUAGUGAGAAUAUUUGCAGGUGGAGCACAUAAUUUUGUUACUUUAGACAUUAACUUGAAUAGUAAUGAAAAUGAAAAUAAUAACAGCACUGAAUCAAUUGAUUAAUUGUUACUAUAUGUUAUUUUUGUAUUAUUGUUAUAUACUGUGAGAAUUAUAUAUUAUUUUACAUAUACCUAUAAUUAUUAAAUAUUUAGCAUAAAAGCUAAACAAUUCUUUUUUUCAAAACUGUAAAUCAAAUUCUCAAGUGUUAGUGUCUCAAGUCAAUUAUUUUCAUCAUCUUUUGCAUUUGCAAUAUAUAAUCUGUUUAUUUUUUACAUUAUGGUUAACUGUUAUUACUAUUUAGUUGUUAUUAUAUCAAAAGAUUUCAAGAGUGUGAUAUUCUGAAGUAUUUACUUUUCCUGUUAUUUUGAUAUUUGUAUAUUCUCAGACUUCAUACUUCAUGCAUAAUAGUUUGAAAAUGAACUUGAUCUGAGUUUUCUAGAUCAAAAUUUUGCAGUGCACAAAACCUGAUUAAUCUGUAGCAUAAUCAGUAGUUAAUUUACAAUGAAUCAUUAACUUUUUCACAAUGUGAAAAUAAUAGUAACUGAAAAAUUGCUAAAUCAUUCCCUUGAACUACUUCUAAAGGAACUUGUCAUAUUCCUACUUAACAUAAAUAAAUAAGAUUUCAUUUUUUAGUUCAUUUAAAUAAACAAUAUUGUUAUAACUUUCUAGUUAUUAGAACUUAAGAUGUUGACAAUAACAUAUAAAGGUCCAUUUAAUGUACCAUCCAAUAUGGAACACACUGUGAUAAUUUGUGUAUUUUAGGUUGUCAUUUAACAAAUAAUAUGUAGAUAUCUAUAUAUAAUGUUAAUAACUCAAUAAUAACUGAUUAUGAUUAAAUAAUAUCAACACUGUGAUAACUUAUUUAGGAAAAAGAAACAUAUAUUUGUUACAUUGUUUUAUAUUCAUUUAUUUCCAUUGGAUUGUUCAUACAGCUUGUAUAAUUUAUAUGUUCACUCUUUUAAAAACCUAAAAAAGUCAUAAGAACAUGUACAGAUGUACUUACAAUAAAUUUUCAACAAUGUUAAUUAAUAUUUUAGGAAAAAAAACCAAAUUUAACAAACACAAUUAAAUGUAUCCAUAACAAUGAUAAUUAUAAUAGAUAUUUGGUGGUUCUGUAAUUUAAAUUAAUAAUGCAAUUGCUAUUGAAGUUUACAUUUAAAAACAAUUGAGUUUGUUUUUUAUUAUAUACUUGUACAUAUAUUUGUUUGAAAACCAGUUGUUACUUAACUUGGUGCGAAUUAAUAUAAUGGCAAUAUUAAAAUGUAGAAAUUGUAUUUCUUAAUUGAUAUUAAUAUCUAUCAAAUAAAUUCAAUACAAUAUUAAUUCUUAUUAAAAAAUCAUCAUGUUCAUUAAGACUACAUCAUUUUUACAAUCUAAUAAAAUGAUUUUUAACACAAUGACUCAAGUAACUUAAAGAAAACACUCAUUAUACGUUAUUGUUUACAGCACAUUCAUUUAUCACAAUAUAAAAUAUUUUAAUCUAAUACGCUGCUACAUCCAUUGCUCAUACCUUAAAUUAGUAGGAUGCAUAUAAUAUACAAAAGCUUUUGCAUAACAAUAUUGAAGUAAAUAGAAUCAAAUUAUCUAAUACUUUUGAUUAUCCACUUCAAUUUGUUAUUUUACUCUAAUAUCCUAGAAUGUUUUUUUAGGAUGCAUUUAAUGGCUUCUGCAAGCAUACGGGAAAUUAGAGCGCGGGAAGAUGUACAUAAGGUGCGUAGUAUGUUUGAACAUUUUUCUUUUCUUCAUUACUAAUAGUCCCUAAAGUAGGCUUUAGGGACUAUUAGUAAUGAAGAAAAGAUUAAGAGAGUAAUGAAGAGAAGAUUUUCCGUGUAGAAAGCAUAGAAGCUGAAUAGUUGACUAUGUCUAACACAUGUAUAGAUGAAAGCUAUAUCAUAUUCGUUUUACAUUUACGAGUAUACGAAAACUGUGUACAGUGGAUUCCCGGUAAUCCGGCCUCCCUUGUAAUCCGACAUGGUCUAUUAUUUAUUAUUGAAUAUGUUUUUAAACGCGGGUAACGUAGGGUAUUGUUUUGAUUAUGAUUGCUUAGUUUGAAUUUGAAUGUAAGUAACAUGUGAUGACGAUAGCGUUGCGGUAUAGCAUGUGUUCAUUGUUUACUGUUUAUUCAUUGUGUAUUAUGUAUCAGCGAAACCACGAAACACUGAUAAUUAAAGAGAACCGUCAUAUUAUAGACCGCCUAAAUCGUAACGAAUCUUUUAGUAGUUGACAUACAUAAUGACGUAUAAUUUGU